AUGGCGCCGGGCCGAGGGAUGCCGGCGGGCCGCGCGUUGCGGAGGCGGGAGGGCCGCGGGAAGGGCCGGGCCGCGUCCCCGUCCCCAUCCCCGUCGGGCGCUCCGUCCUUGUGCGUUUCAGAGCCGAAGGAGCGGAGCCCGGCGCUCCCCGCAGAGCCCCGGCCCGCGCUGUGCCCGCUGCGGAGCGGCGAUGUCCGAGCGCUCGCCGUUCGGCUGGAGGACCUGGAAAAACUCCACGCUCCACGCCUGCCCCACGAUGCUGGGAGGAUUCCAGUCAGGAGGAAAUUCCUGGUUCGGAAAUACCAACCCAGAGAGGCCAAAGCAGCCCCGCGCCUCCUGGUAGCACGGCCAGCUUUCCCGAGGACAGCCAGGGAGCCACUGCGUUUCUCUGGACCGGCACUGUUUGGUGAAGGCUGUGAAGAAAUUCUUCCUCAUCAUGUUUUGGGAAGUCUCCAGGAGUUAAAGAUGGAAGCUUUGGCCAGAGGAAAUGCUCAGAUAGCAGAUUCCAUUCAGGUUCCUCAUCAGCACGUUGCUGCAGCAGUUUUAAAAGAGAAACAUGGAGGAGAAACAAAGAGAAAAUUUCAUCAAACCCCAGCAUCAGAACAUAAAGCCCUGCAGAACUGGCACCAUAAUAUGGCAAUCAGGAAGAAGCAGGAGAGAUAUCUGGGAGAAAUUCUUCAGAGGCCAGAGAAUGAGCUGCUGAUGAGCAUCUCAGAGGAUUACAGACAAAUCCAGGAGGAACGUGACCUCAUUGACCGUAGUCUCCCUGCCCUGUUUCCUGGAAAGGGCUACCGAGCAGGAAGCGAAUUCUGGAGCCAGCCUGAGCGCAUCGGGGAUGAGCUGACCGGCCUGACGGUGACACUGACACGGAGAGAACGGGGCUGCCCACAGCCAGUCACUCAUGUGGGGAAGCCCCACACUGUUCAGAUGGAAACGGGCGUGAAGCCUCCACAGAGGAUCCCUUUCCGUCUGACCUGGGACAAGAGUCUUUUCCUGAAACAGCGACGGCAGGAGCUAAAAUCUAUCCUAGAGGAGCUGGAUUUUUAUAAGCCAGAUCUGGAUGGCCUGGAGGUGAUCGGCAAAGGGCGGCCGUUCACGUCUGUCUCAGCGCAGUCUCUUCCAUGUUCCACUGCUUUUGAAGAUUCUGAGACCUCCAGUGACUCCUUAAAGGACCGUGGCAGUGUGGUUUCAGAAGCAGUGCUGGGUCCAUCUUUAGACUUCUGUGGCCAGCCGGCACGUUGGAUCGACUGCAUCACUUCUUGCAGGCAUGAAGUUGGCAUUGCUGCCAGGCUCACUUUUGAGACUGUGGUUGGUGAGAAAGCCGAGAGCUUCCUAACAGUGAGCAGUGAUGGCACAGCUGCUGUCUGCUAUGAGUGGAGGAGGCUCCUCCAGCAGAUCCCUUCCAGAGAAACAGCAAGGAUGUGCGUGCGGCGUUUUUACUUUGAUGCCAGACCAGGUGUAAUUCUGCCUGGAGAAACCAGGAAGUUUUUUUUUCUUUUCAAGUCUGAGAGAGCAGGUGUUUUCAGUGAGUCCUGGGAGUUCAGGACACGUCCUCUGUUAUUAGGAGGAGCUCUGCUGCAGGUGACCCUUUGGGGAACUGCUGUGUGUGAGGAUAAAUUGGCUGACCUCAGAGGAGAACUGGAGGCUGACCUGGCUGCUCGGGAGGGUGCAGCUAUUGUAGAAGAGACUCUGAAGGACCUUCUGGUCCGAAUUCGGACCCCGGAGCGCCCCCCACCUCCCGUGGGUCUGUGCAUCACAGAGGAGGAGUUAUUCCACAGGAAGAAUCCCAAGUUGCAUUACCGGCAUCGAGAGGUAGAGCAGCUGCACGACCUAUGGACACAGCGCGUGGCUGCUCCGCCUGCCCUCGGGGAGGAGGUGCCUGCAGAGCCGGCGGAGGAGGCGGGGGCCCAGCGCGGCGGCCCCGAGGCUCUCCCUGCGCGGAGGAGCGCUGCAGAGGGCGCAGGCUGGAAGCGCGCGCUUGAAGCGACUCCGAGUCGAGUGGCGAAUGUGGGGCAGCAGGAACCCGGCCCUCCGUCGUGGAACUUCUCACUCGAGGACCUGCAGCAGGUUCUGAAGUCCAUCCCCCAGGAGGAGCAGCGAGAAGCAGCGCUGUCCCAGCUCAACAAGGCAGUGCUGGAGCUUUGUGCUGAGCAGAGACCAACUCAGUCAGACCUUCUGUAUCAAACGUGUCUCCAGCUGUGGCGUGAAGCAGUGGAUGAGCUGGUGGGUCACUCCCUGAAGCUGAGGUCCCAGCUUGGGUUGCCUGAGAGGGACGCCGAUGUGGAUGUUCUUCCAGAGGGAAGAGGGGAAGUAAAGCAGCCUAUAGAAGAAGGAGAAGACGGCAAAAUAACCGGGAGAAGAGAAGAGAAAACAUCAGUUGGUGGUAAGGAUAAAGAAGACAAAAGAAGAACAACGAAGGCUGCUGGAAAAGAGAAGGAGGAACGCCCAAACAGCAGAAAGUCAAAAGUAAAAGAGAAGAAGAAGCUGAAACCUUCCAGCUCGUCUGAAAAAGAGAUGGCACAGCCCACAGGAGCUGCAGCUGCAGGCACUGUCACAGCUCCUCGGGAGCAGACGGACCCCAUUGUUUGGGGGCUGUACCAGGAGAAACUUUAUGUCCAAGUGAGUCUGGCCAAAGUUUGUACCUUCCCUUCUGCUUUCUGUUCUUUGCUCAUAAACCGACCCUGGGCUGCAGCUGGAGAGCUGAAGCAUUCAACUAAAGAGCUGACAGCUGUGUGUCUGUAAUUCUGUGGCAAGGUAAAUGUGACGUGAAGCCAGAUGGCCUUGAUUCCAGGCUGGAACCCAUUAACAUAAAAGCGGCCACCGCAUCGCCACGCGCGGGAUUUCUGUCUGGAUGCCUUUUGCACACUUAGGGACUCUUGAGGGAGCAGCAGCGUUAAUUGUAUCUCAGACAAUGUUAAACACACUUCAUAGCCAGGAAAGCUAUUACUGGAAGUAGGCAGCCGCUUCUCUGUGGCUGUGUCCGUGCCCAUACACUGCUGCACUCCUGUGUUGGAAACCAUCUCUGCUCUGUCCAUCUGGUCAUCAGGAUUUCAUCGCUCAUUUUCACUGCAUGCAUCUUCCGUUAACUUCUGCUGCAGGUUUAUGGGCUGCUGGAUUCCAUGGUGAGCAAGAUGGCUUCUUUAUUUGAAGAGCUAGAACAAAACACGGCGCUUUGAAGCGGGAGAGUGAAGCUUUUUGUAAGUAGAAAUAGACUUAGUAAAUAAAGGGCCAUGCUUGCACAAGACAGGUGGAUGUUGUUCUUUCUGAAGGGAUGGAGCAGUCACAAAUGCUGGAGUGCCUCUUUCCUGACAUGCUGUGAUGUGAGCCUGGCAUGAGAUCAUCUGUUGGUUCUGCAGGUGGUCAGGGAGCGUUGUAGCCUCAGAAACCAUAGCAUCAAGAAAAUGCUGGUGUUCCUGCUGGGGAAGGCAAACUUAAAGAUGCCAGUCAGCUGAAGAGUUGUGUUAUUCUCUGUGUUUCAAUCUGUGCUGUCUAACAAGCGAGCAGAGGCUGUCCCAUGUACUUGUGGGCCCAAAUACCAGGACUUAGGGAAGUCCCUCUUAUUUCUGAUUGUGUUCCUGGCUGCUCAUCCAGUCUCCCCGCAGGUCUCCCUGACAGCAGGAGCUUUGGGCUGUCAGCAUCUCUGUGAGAGUGCACAUUUCCACCUCACCUUUCCUUGCACACGUGCCUAUUUCGUAUGCUGAUCUUGCUGUCUCUUGCCAUCCACUUAAUGUAUCCGUGCCCAGUUCAGAGUUAAUUCUUACUCCGAGACUCAUUACUCUUGAAUUGAAAUGAGGAAAUCUGUGCUCCAGCUACAGAGAGCAGGGCUGGCUCUGUGCUGGAGCCGCCCUUCCUGCCUCUGCCAGCCUACAUGAGCCUGUCACCUCCUUCUGACCGGGCUUCCUCAUGCAUCACAGCUGGGCUGGAGCGUUCCCUGGAAGCACAGCGGGGCUCUGCAGGGUUCCGAGGCGGAGCUGUGGGUGUCCCAUGGCCACGUGCCACUGCAGGGCCAUCUUCCUGCUGGAGCAGCCGGACAGCAUUCCCCAGGGAGGCUUUGGCUCCGUGAAGAAAUGACAUCAGUGCAGAUCAUUAAUUUAGGUUCAUGAUACCUUUGAGGUUCUUAGACAGCAGAUGCGUAUCCAUGCUAAGCAUGACUGUUCCAGAUUCUGCACAUCGCUGUGCGGUUACUCCAGGCUUGUGUGCCUCGGGCACCUGCUGGUUUACUUGGAGAACCACGCUGCCGUGUGUCUCAGAGCCUCACGUAGUGCAGAACUCUUCCCUGUGCUGAGGUGCUUGCUUUUUGUUUCUCCUUGUAACUCACAUCUCGGGGGGAGCAGCUGUUCUUCCCCUCUGUUCCUGGCAGUGCUGUGUUGAAUGCAGCCCGGCUGUGCUGUGUGCAGCCCUUCGUGUUCUGAGACCUUACAGGGUCAGGAGAAGCACUUUGGCUUCUGUGGAAAGGAGGAACCCCUUCUGGCUUAGUGGGCACUGAACCACAGAGGGAAUGUCUGUGCUCAGCAUUACUGCAGCGAGGAUUUCAGCAACAGUUUGAGAAUGAGAAGGAAAAAGGCCCGAAGUUGGGGUGUGUCACACAGGCUCUGACAAUAGCUCCUGCCUUCCUGGAGAUCCUUAUCGGCCUGCAAGUGUGCCCAGCUCACACAGCUCCAGCCAUCUGUUCUCAAGGCAGGAGAGAGACUGCAUGUAACGGGAUGGCGUGGUCGCCUCACAGUGCUUGUGUUGGGUGGUCUCACCCCAAAAGAUGGGAAAGCCCAUCCCAAGGACCUGCAGCUCCAGUCCAGCCUCGAGAAACCAGGCUCACCUCCACCUCUGCUCACCGCAAAGCUUGUCAAUAAACAGAGGGGAGUUUCCUUUGGAUCCCAUAGCAGGGCAGAACAUCACGUGCCGUUCUCUCUUUCCCUUCCACGGGAGAAGCCAGGUGGCACAGGGCUGCUGCCCUGACAUUUCUGCAAAGGAGAAGAACAGACAUGCAAUGAGUGGUGCUGGUGCGCCAGGACUUUCCCAGAGCCGACACACAGCAGGGCAGGGGAGGGCCGGGCAGAGGGCAGCAUGCAGCAGCUCCAUUCUUGCCUUUUGCACUGCUUUGUGCAAGUUCUGCACCUGGAUACGGAGUGAAAUCAGAGCUGGUUUCCAAAGGGCACUCUUAGAAACAUGUACCCCUGUUUACAGCCUGCUGAGCCUCCUGUCUGCCUUUGGACAGAAGAGGUGGGCAGUCCCCUGCCGUGCCAGGCCCAGCACCGGGCUCAGCCCACACUGUUUGUGUCUGUUAAUCAUUGCUGCUGUUUGCUGCCUCGCUGAGGUGAGCGACCUUCCUGCCCUGUGAGCUGCCAACCGAAAACCACGCACGUGUGGGGCCAGGAGACACCGUAACUGCGAGAGGGGCUGGGAAAGGGUUCUGGGAAAGCACCUCCCCAGAGGCUGCAGCUGCAGAGCAGCCCGCCUGCCCAGCGCUCACUGCUGCCUACAGCCAGGCUGCAGCCCACCCAGCAAACCCUGCACCGGCACAGCGCCUGGAGAGCCGCAAGCUGGGCCUGUCUGCUGGGACUGACUUGGCCGGGCUGACCUGGAGGAGGGUUUGGGUGCUGGGAGGGCUGUGAUGCUCGGUGUGCGUUCAGCUCGUGCGGCCAAACCCCGUGGGAGGUUCAGCUGCCAGAUGUGCGGUGCGUGGCUCUGCUUUCCUCCCUGCGUGACCCAAAGCAGCGGCCUCAGCCCAGAGCUGCAUCUCCGCUGUGCGGCGCGAGGAAGGCAGACCUCCAGAAUGCCUCAGCACCCAGGAAAGCUUUCUAUUAUGGAAAAUGU